AUGCGAUGCGCGAGCAAGGCCGCCGAGAGCGCGUCCGCACGUCUCUGUGCGGACGCCGAAGCAGAAAUCGCAGCAAGUGAUGUCUCAUCAGUUGCUGAAGCGACCCAGCCUGUGUCACUUGGUGAUGCAGGCGCUGGUCAUGAAGACACUCAUGUCUUCACAGAGUAUGAGCUCGGUGUCUCAUACUCUCCUGAUACGGAAGACGGAUCCGUAUCGAAGGCGGUUGAAUCCAAGCCUCCUGCCAAGCGUGGCAUGGAUGAUGCUAUGCGUCGUAGCAUCUUUGGUUCAUCUGAUGAAUCAGAUGAACCAUCGCCGAAGCGAAGGCGCUCGAGGUCGCGAGACUCGGGCGCUAAUAGUGGUGUCGGUUCUCCUAUGGACACCGCUUCGCAACGAGGUGCCAGUCCUUCUGUCGGCACGUCGCAGGAAGAGCGGGACCAGUGUGUUGCGUCUCGCUCCCGAAAAGAAGGCAUGGAUGCCUCCAAAAUCCGUCAUGGAUCACUUGUCGGCGACGACGAGUGA